CUCCUCAUGACCGGAAGCCGGAUGUAGUCUGGAUAAACUCCCUGGUGAACUCACGUGUGCGACAUGAAAAAUAACAAAAAACACAACAAUGUGUCCAAAAAGGGUAAAUUUAAACCCGGGUCCAAGAAACGAGAGAACAAAUGCAUCGUAACGUACGACGACAGAGACAGAGAGGAAUAUUUAACUGGUUUCCAUAAACGGAAGGUGGAAAGGAGGAAAACAGCACUGGCAGAAAUUAAAAAGAAAAUCAAGGAAGAGCAGAUCCGAGUCCGAGAACAAAGGCAUAAGGACUACUUGAUGAUGCUGAAGGAGAGGACGGACGCUCUCCAGGAGGAUGAAGAUGAUCUGGAAGAUGCGAUAACGGCUACAACAGAGUCUGUGCAGUACGAUCACCCCAACCACACCGUCACCGUGACGACCAUCAGUGAACUUGACCUCACAAUGGGUCGCCUGCUUGAACCCGCAGCAAAUCAAGCUAAUGCGGAGUCCCUGGAUGAAGAAAAGGGGGAAGAGCAAGAGCAGGAGCAGGAGAAAACAAAAUCAAUGCCAAGAAAAGCUGGGAAUCCAAUCAUGAACAAAAAGAUCCGCUCCCUGAAUGCGUCGCUCAACACUUUCAACGGCAAGAAUAAGAAGAGGAAGGGGAAGCAGGGAGGCCGCCAGACAGAGAAGAAACAGAGCUCCACAGAGGGUAAAAACAGAGCCGGAAGGACCAGCAAGUGGCAGAGGCGUCGACUGACGGGGAAAAAGGUGCAUCAUCGGGAGUGAAAGGGGGAAUGUGAGGAGAAGAUAUAAUGGAGGGUUCAAAGAGACUUCUUGUGUCAGAAUCCAACAGGCGAACAGAUUGGACUUUGGAGUAUUUAUGCUUCUGUGUUUGAGCAGGACGUGUAAAUGCUGAGACGUCUGUAAAAAUGAAUGUGGACGCUCAGUCUAUCAUGACAUCGCUCAAUAUUUCCUCUAUACCUGCCUUUUGAAAUCUUGUCCUCAAAACUGUUUUUUGUUGUGUUAUUUCUAAACUGAACUGUAUUUACCUACAUUUUCAUUAAAUAAAAGAUGAACCUUGCUAAUAAGUGACCUUGUGAUCACACAAACUGUCA